CCCCAUAUCAUCAUCAUGCUUCUCAAGUCUCAUAUCCUUCUCCCCCUCAUCUCUACACUCCUCACCCCCGCUAGCAGCACCUUCGUUGUGCAAUGCUUCUCGCGCCUCUUUGAUGAGCGUGCCGACCCCAUUGUGAACCCGGGCGUUGUUGCUGGACACGUUCAUGCUAUCGUUGGUGGCAAUGGUUUCAACUUCAGCAUGGACUACGACAAGGCCCGCGCCUCCACCUGCUCAACCUGCUACAUUAAGGAGGACCUGAGCAACUACUGGACCCCCAAGAUGUACUACCAUGCCAAGAAUGGUAGCUUCAUCCCUGUACCCAUCAAUGGUGACAACCAGUACGGGGACAUGGGGGGGAUGGCUAUCUACUAUCUAAACCGCAAAGGUCCUGACAACGACAAGCUUCACCCCUUCCCGAAGGGAUUCCGCAUGCUCGCCGGCGACACCCUUCGCCGCGCCUCAUCGACCGACUUCGCAGACAUGGCCGUGCAGCACCAAUGCAACGUCGCGGGCGGGCCCUUCGUCGACCAGGCCCUGCCCAAGCGCAAGUGCGACAGCAUCCGCACGCAGAUCGUCAUGCCCUCCUGCUGGGACGGCAAGAACCUCGACUCGGCCGACCACAAGUCCCAUAUGUCCUACCCGACCAAGUCCCCCAACAGCAACUACGACGGCGGACGCUGCCCCAGUACCCACCCCGUGCACAUGAUGACGCUGUUUUACGAAGUCACGUACAACACGAACGCCUUCGCCAACGACUGGUACUCGGACACGCAGCCCUUUGUCUUCUCCAACGGCGACGAGACGGGUUACGGCUUCCACGGCGACUUCGUCAACGGCUGGGACAUCCCCACCCUGCAGAAGGGCAUCGACACGUGCGUCGACGGCGUCACCGACUGCGAGGACAAGGUCUUCACCAAGCGCACCCAGGGCGAGACGCAAUCCUGCAAGCUCCCCAACAUGAUCGCCGAGCCCGUCUCAGGUAUCCUCGAGAAGCUGCCCGGCUGCAACCCCCUCACCUCGGGGCCCGCCUACGCCACCAAAGUCGAGAACUGCCCUGCCGCUAAAAUCGCAAAGGUCUCCGACGCCUCCCUCGGCGUCCCGGAUCUCACCAAGUCCAAGGGCUGGAAGUACAUCGGCUGCGGCACCGACAACGCCGGCAGCCGCACGCUCAACGGGCCCCAGACCUCCGGGCCUAAGAUGACCGUCGAGACAUGCGUCGAUUUCUGCAAGGGCAAGGGUACGAAGUACGCGGGCCUCGAGUAUUCGGGCGAGUGCUAUUGCGGGAACAGCAUUGCGGCUGACCGCGCGCCCCAGACGGGCGUGUCGGGGAACUGCCUCAUGAAGUGCAACGGCAACGCGGGCGAAAUCUGCGGUGGUGCUGCUGCGAUAAGCCUGUACCAGACGUGCGCGGGCGGCGCGUGCUCGAAUGCUGUGAAGAAGCGGAGUCAGCGUCUUGCGGCGGUCCAUGCGCAUCAUGCGAGGAGGUUGGUGGGGAGGCUGAUUGAGGCUGCGUCGUAGAUGCUCUCGAUAUCCUUCUCGCAUCGCGCAGGUAUCUUCACUUUCGGGAUCAGGUGUUUCGUUGGUGCGUGUGCGUGGAGGAACCGAUUACAUUCGCUUUGACAGUGUGUGCUGGCCUUGCUUCCUUCUUCUCCUUCUAUUUUGUAAAUACCCACUUUUGCAGCAGGACUGGCUACGCCUGUCUUUUUCUUCUUCGUCGCUCGCUCAUUCUUAUUGGAGAAAGGUGUAUAGAGGGGUUAUCAAAACGGGGCACAGGAUCUGGACUGGGGGUUUUGGAGCUUUUGGUGUAUGAGUAUGAUCAUGAAAUGGAGUAGGAAAACUUGAAACUUGGAUAGAAAUGAAUUGGAUGACUAUGGGA